UAUACAAGACCGUGAUGAUCACGGCGUGAUCUAUACUUAUCCAUGAUUUUUUGACAUUUCUUCUUCUUCUUCUUCUUAAUUCUGAACACAAUUCUGUGUUCAGAGGAAUGACCUUUGUCAAGUUCGGUUGUAUUAUUCCGUCUAGGUUAAAUUUAAAGUUGGGCGGUCGUACAUUAAUAAUUUACGACACCAAAAUGAGUAUCGCCUUGGAAAACCUAAUAUAACGCAGUACAGUGCAGUGAAAGAUGCCUUGAACCUCCAAAAUUCAACGCCUGGGACUUAGAUGUUCGUAAAAUGACCCUAAACAUGGGGGAACCGGGCUGCAUAGAAGGGCUGCUGCCCUGCCUCUACCACCCCUCCCCCGAAGCCCAGCGCAGCGCCCAAAUCGACAAGCAAAUCGCCGGCGAGAAGGAGGACUUUCAAAAAACGCACCGGUUACUCCUACUUGGAGCAGGUGAGUCCGGAAAGUCCACCAUAAUAAAGCAAAUGCAGCUGAUACACGUGGAAAAAUUCAGCGACGAAGUCAGAAAAGAACGCAGGAACGAUAUCAGGCACAAUCUAUUGGAUGCCAUAGUUAGUAUUAUUACAGCAAUUUCAACGUUAACACCGCCAAUACUUUUAGAACAUUCGGAAAAUACCAAAAGCAUAGACUGGAUACUGCACAACUCUGCAAGAGAAAAUUUUGACUUUCCACAGGAAUUCUAUGACCAUGUUGAAAUUCUGUGGAAGGAUAAGGGCAUACAAACUGCUUUUUCAAGAAGCAAUGAAUAUCAGUUGAUAGAUAGUGCUCAGUAUUUUUUGGAAAAAGUGCAAGAGGUCAGAAAACCUGAGUAUUUACCAAGCGAACAGGAUAUUCUAAGGUGUAGAAUUCUUACCAAAGGCAUAUAUGAACUUAUUUUCCAAGUCAAAAAAGUAAAAUUUCAGAUGAUAGAUGUGGGGGGUCAAAGGGGGGAGCGCCGCAAGUGGUUUUUGUGCUUUAACGGCGUAACAGCCAUAAUUUUUGUAACAGCAUGUUCCUCAUACGAUUCCGUGCUACGUGAAGACCCGACAAAAAACCGAUUGGUCGAAAGUCUGGAAAUAUUUCGCACCGUUUGGAACAACAAAUUUUUGAAGAACAUUUCUGUUAUAUUGUUUCUUAAUAAGCAAGAUAUUUUUAAGAGGAAAAUAAUGGCUGGAAGAAGUAAAUUAGAAGAGUUUUUCGAGGACUAUCGAUAUUAUCAAGUCCCGCCAAAUUCCGAGUUUGCAAAUGAGUACCAGGAGGUUGUAAGAGCAAAAUUUUUUAUCCGAAAUCUCUUCCAGAAAAUUAGCUUCAGCUCCGGCAAAAGCAAAGAACAAAAGUACCACUGCUGCUAUCCGCAUUUUACAUGUGCCAUAGACACUGAUAACAUAAAAAAAGUUUUCGAAGAUUGCCGCGACAGUAUUCAACCCACGGUGGCGUCAGGUCCUGAUUGCGGCCCGGUGGCCGCCGCAGAUAAGGGGACGGCCGACUGCUGGUGGUCCCCGUUGGCGGCGAUGGGCUGUUUCGGGAACAGGGAAGCGGCCGGUGGCGGUGGCGGCGGUGCCAGCGCCGCCGACGAUAUUCGGACACAAAAGCGCAUCAGCGACCAGAUAAACAGGCAGCUGGCCAAGGAGAAGCAGGUCUACAGGGCAACACACCGCCUCCUGCUGCUGGGGGCGGGCGAGUCCGGAAAAUCCACCAUCGUCAAGCAGAUGCGGAUUCUGCACACGAUAACAGGGGCGAUGUCGACGUUGUCGCCGCCCGUGGCGCUGGAAAAGUCUGAGAACCAGGCGCGGGUCGACUGGAUCCAGGACUGCGCCACGGGGCCAGACUUUGACUACCCGGCCGAGUUCUACGAGCAUACGGAGGCGCUGUGGAAGGACAGAGGCGUGCAGCAGACCUUCGACCGCAGCAACGAGUACCAGCUGAUCGACUGCGCCAAGUACUUCCUCGACCAGGUCGAUGUAGUCAAGCGGCCCGAUUACACGCCCACCGAGCAGGAUAUACUCAGGUGCCGCGUCCUUACCUCGGGCAUCUUCGAAACACUCUUCCAAGUCGACAAGGUGAACUUUCACAUGUUCGAUGUGGGCGGUCAGAGGGACGAGCGGCGGAAGUGGAUCCAGUGCUUCAACGACGUAACAGCCAUAAUUUUCGUGACGGCAUGUUCAUCUUACAAUAUGGUGCUGCGCGAGGACCCGACGCAGAACCGGCUGCGCGAGUCGCUCGAACUCUUCAAGUCGAUAUGGAACAACCGCUGGCUGCGCACCAUAUCCGUCAUCUUGUUCCUCAACAAGCAAGAUUUGCUGGCCGAGAAAAUUUUGACGUCGAAGUCGCGCUUGGAGAACUACUUCGGCGAGUUCGCGCGCUACCAGCCGCCCGCAGAGGUCCAGAACGAGGCCAACGAGGCGCCGGAGCGUAUAAGCACCGCCAGCGGCGAGGGCAAGCACUUCUGCUAUCCGCACUUCACGUGUGCCGUGGACACGGAAAAUAUCAAGAGAGUGUUUAAUGACUGUCGUGAUAUCAUUCAGCGAAUGCAUCUGCGCCAAUACGAACUUUUAUAACCGCCCACCUCGUUUUUUAGCAUUAACAAACAAAAACUACCGCCCCCUUACCCCGUCUCCUACCCCUCACUAACCACAAAACGACCGUACUCAUCUCUAUUGUUCACCUCGUUGCGAUUACGUUUUUUCUCCUCGUCUCCAGAGCCGCCUUUCUGCGUUCGCAUGUUACGUUUGCUCAAAUUUUAGUUUUAUUCGAGGGGGUCUUCAAAUACUUCUGAAAACAACCGUAAAAACAGUAGGACCAACAACAAACAACGCAAUACCUAAAAAUAACUAAAAUAGCGGCAUCUAAAAACGUAAUGUGUAAGUUUUUCGAUCUCUUCUUCUUCUUCUUCUUCAACCUUAAAAACAAGAGCGCACUCAGUUUUAAAGUACAAAUCACACAACUACUUCUCUUAUUUUUAUUUUUGAGUUUUUUGCCCAUUUAAAUUUGUUUAUUUUUGAAAAUUGUGCCAAAACGCGUUUUCGUUGAAUUUGGGCGUACUAUUAUAAAAUAUAACCCAAAAUAAUGUUGGCCCCUAUAUUAAAAAAAAUCUUCUAUUUUUUAUUUCCCAGACAUUUUUAUACAUAUUUAUUUUAUUUUCUGUUAUUCUAAUUACUUUUAGUGCAAUAUUUAUCAAGACAAUCUUUCGUUUGCUUUUUAAUUGAUUUCCCCCAAUGGCUGUAUAUUUACAAUAAUAUUUUGACGCGCUCCGAGAAAACAAGCCUUGGGUCCAAAAAACGAUGUCCAAGAUUAAGAUUGUUUUAUGUAGAUUGGUACAGUGGCGGACACAGAAUUAUGAACGACUUAAUUUCGUUGUCCAUGUAUAAAUCUGUAAAUAGCAAAGAUACAAUUUAGAUUUUUUUUGUUUUUGAUUCAAAAUAACAAGACUGGUGACAACCGGAAGUGAAGUUAGUUAUCCAUAAAGAAAGUUUAGAUUUUGAUGUCAACGGGAUGAUAGUCAUUCAAAAUUCUAUGCACAGUGUCUUUCGAAAAGUCCAAUAAUAACUUUCUUAUCGCAAAAAUUGACAAUUCCGAAGUGCCUAUACUACGCAAACGCCUCACCUGAAAAUUUUUAUUUUUGGACAUAAGGUUCGUUUUCUCGGAGCGCGUCACAUAUGGUUAUUAUUUGUUUACCUCGCAACACUGACCAUUUUCGAUUUUGUUAAAUUUCCAACAAUUUCAUUAGAUGCUUAUUAUUCUAGAUGCCUUUGACAUAUCGACUCUUUUUUAAGAGAAUGUCAGAAACAUGGAGCCUACACAAGAAGCCCGAACUUAAUAGGGAAAAUUGACAAAACCUGCCCUCUAAAUUGCACAAAUUAAGUCUUUUUUUUUUCACCACCAGCGGCGCUGAUUGUUGAUGCGUCCUGACGUCUGCUCUUUUGGUAGCGUUUCGGUACAAAUUAGUCAAUUGUUUCAGAAUAAACGGGACAUCAGCGCCUACUUUCCUUAGGAAGAUUCUUGUUUACAUGCAGUUUGGACUCCUUGUGUAGGCUCCAUGGUCAGAAACGUCAAAAAUAUUUUAAUUUGGUGUUGCCAGACGUUACAAAAAUUUCUUGAGCACACAAUUUUUAACUAUGAUUUAUAAGGGUACAGCCAUUAGAGUCUGUUUGUUUUAUCAAGGACAUUCUUUAAGAUUUAAGUUAUUUUAAAUACUUUUCUUAAAAACAGUAUAUACAAACAAAAUACAAGUAAGUGUAAAAAAUGUCUUAAAAAAAAACAAACAAACGCUAAAAGAAAUUAUAUCUAUAAUUCAUUCUCUAGAAGUACUUAAGUGUGACGUGUAGUCUAUUUUAAUGUAAAAAAGAUGCAUUUAACUGUAUUUGAUAAGUUCUCCCAAAAAAACGAACAUUGAUUUUUCCUUUAUUUCAAUCCCACUAGGCACGACCUCAAAACUUUGACAGAUGACAGCUAAUCUGUCAUAAUGUCAUGGAAAAAUAUAGUUUUCUCCAUUAUUAUUAGUAGUUUAUUAUUAUAAAUAAUUGUGUAGAAUAAGCGAUAUUUUCGAUUUUCUUGAGUGAGCCGCCGAAAACGCAUGCGAGAUUGAUUAGAUACAAAUUCCAGUGCUACCAACAUCAAAAAAAUAAUUUAAAAAAGUAAGUGCAUAAAGAGAGAUUAAAAGUAAGAGAGUUAGCAAUGGAGACUAUUAAAUUUAAUUUUUACAAAAACUGUAGAUGCACAAAAUGGAGUGUAAAGUCUAGAUUUAUGUCCAAGAUUAAUUUAAAAAAACAAAAAUUUGUAAAUUAAGGUAUGAAACUAGUUUAAUAUAAUGCAUCACUUAUAGAUGAAUGUUCGGCGAGCGGGCGGAAAGUUGGACGUUUUUAAACGGUACAUAUUAUUUGGAACCUUAGCGAUUUCACUUUUGCAAAGUGGCAAACUGUUUCUUAAAGUUUGCGACUUAACUUUCUAUAAUAAAUGUCAAAUAGGUGGGCCACCCUGU